GUUUACUCAGAGAUAGAAAAAGGUUGGGAACCACUGAUGUAAAGGAUGAAUGAGUGAUGAUGAGUUCUCAGUGCUGAUCAGUGAUUGGACUGAUGCUUUCAGCUCUGCUCUCAGUGUUUCCUCUACAGAUGAAGGUAGAAAGUCUCUGGGAGCUGAUGUGGAUGUGAAUUCAGCAGCAGCUGCCAAGGUUGCUGUGUCUGUGUGAAGGUGUGGGCUCUGCUAUGAAUCAGUGUGAGGACAGAGAGGAGGGAGUCCCUCCCUCUAAAAGAAAAAAGUGUGGGGAACAUGACACAAGGACCAAAGCUCAGAGGAUCCAUCAGAGACCAGACUGUCCUGAACCUGAACCCAGCUGUGUGUCCAUGAAGAGUGACCACUCUAUGGUUCAUCCUAUAGAGUUCAAAGAUGUCCGCCACUCUGUUGAUCAAAGGAGGAAAAAACCUGAACCCAGCUGUGUGUCCAUGAAGAGUGACCGCUCUAUGGAUCAUCCUUAUCAUUUCAAAGAUGGCCACCACUCUGUUGAUCAAAGAGUGGACCAGGAGAGCUCAGAGCCUCCCAGUGGUCAGUCUGCCCAGCAGCAUCAAACAGACCUGGACUCCAUAUUUAUGCUGCUGGAGGACAACAUUGUCACUUUUGCGAAGAAUGAGCUGAAGACGAUCCAGAAGGUUCUGAGUUCAGAUUACCCCGGAUGCUUAGAGAGUCAAAAGGAGGGUGAGCAGGUGUUGGACGGUGAGGAUGAAGAGCAGAGGAAGAGCAGUAGAGAGGCAUUUCUGAAGAUCACACUGCACUUCCUGAGGAGAAUGAAGCUGGAGGAGCUGGCUGACCAUCUGCAGAGCAGACAUAUUGUUGGAGUUUGUCAGCGUGAACUUAAAUCUAACUUGAAGAAGAAGUUCCAGUGUGUGUUUGAGGGGAUUGCUAAAGCAGGGAACCAAACACUUCUGAACCAGAUCUACACAGAGCUCUACAUCACAGAGGGAGGGACUGCAGUGGUCAAUGAUGAACAUGAGGUCCGACAGAUUGAAACAGCAUCAAGGAAACCAGACAGACCAGAAACAACAAUCAGACAAGAAGACAUCUUUAAAGCCUUACCUGGAAGAGAUCAGCCAAUCAGAACAGUGAUGACAAAGGGAGUGGCUGGCAUUGGGAAAACAGUGUUAACACAGAAGUUCACUCUGGACUGGGCUGAAGGCAAAGCCAACCAGGACAUACAGUUCACAUUUCCAUUCACUUUCAGAGAGCUGAAUGUGCUGAAAGAGAAAAAGUACAGCUUGGUGGAACUUGUUCAUCACUUCUUUACUGAAACCAAAGAAGCAGGAAUCUGCAGGUUUGAAGAGUUCCAGGUUGUGUUCCUUUUUGACGGUCUGGAUGAGUGUCGACUUCCUCUGGAUUUCCACAACACUGAGAUCCUGACUGAUGUUACAGAGUCCACCUCAGUGGACGUGCUGCUGACAAACCUCCUCAGGGGGAAACUGCUUCCCUCUGCUCGACUCUGGAUAACCUCACGACCUGCAGCAGCCAAUCAGAUCCCUCCUCAUUGUGUUGACAUGGUGACAGAGGUCAGAGGGUUCACUGACCCACAGAAGGAGGAGUACUUCAGGAAGAGGUUCAGAGAUCAGGAGCAGGCCAGCAGAAUUAUCUCCCACAUCAAGACAUCGCAAAGCAUCCACAUCAUGUGCCACAUCCCAGUCUUCUGCUGGAUCACUGCUACAGUUCUGGAGGAUGUGUUGAAGACCAGAGAAGGAGGAGAGCUGCCCAAGAGCCUGACUGAGAUGUACAUCCACUUCCUGGUAGUUCAGUCCAAACUAAGGAACGUCAAGUAUGAUGGAGGAACUGAGACAGAUCCACACUGGAAUAAAAAGAACAGGAAGAUGAUUGAGUCUCUGGGAAAACUGGCUUUUGAGCAGCUGCAGAAAGGCAACCUGAUCUUCUAUAAAUCAGACCUGACAGAGUGUGGCAUCGCUAUCAGAGCAGCCUCAGUGUACUCAGGAGUGUUCACACAGAUCUUUAAAGAGGAGAGAGGACUGUACCAGGACAAGGUCUUCUGCUUCGUCCAUCUGAGUGUUCAGGAGUUUCUGGCUGCUCUUCAUGUCCAUCUGACAUUCAUCAACUCUGGAGUCAAUAUGCUGGCAGAACAACAAACAACAUCCCUGAAGUCUAAAUUAUUUAAACACCAACAGAAUCUAAACUAUCUCCACCAGAGUGCUGUGGACACGGCCUUACAGAGUCCAAAUGGACACCUGGACCUGUUUCUUCGCUUCCUCUUGGGUCUUUCAAUGCAGACCAAUCAGAAUCUCCUACGAGGUCUGCUGAUACAGACAGACAGUAGCAAUCAGGAAACAGCCCAGUACAUCAAGAAGAAGAUUGAAGAGACUCCCUCUGCGGAGAGAAGCAUCAAUUUGUUCCACUGUCUAAAUGAACUGAAUGAUCGUUCUCUAGUGGAGGAGAUCCAACAGUUCCUGAGUUCAGGAAGUCUCUCCACAGAUAAACUGUCUCCUGCUCAGUGGUCAGCUCUGGUCUUCAUCUUACUGUCAUCAGAAAAAGAUCUGGACGUGUUUGACCUGAAGAAAUACUCUGCUUCAGAGGAUGCUCUUCCGAGGCUCCUGCCAGUGGUCAAAGCCUCCAACAAAGCUCUACUGAGUGACUGUAACCUCUCAGAGAGAAGCUGUAAAGUUCUGUCCUCAGUUCUCAGCUCCCAGUCCUCUAGUCUGAGAGAGCUGGACCUGAGUAACAACAACCUGCAGGAUUCAAGUGUGAAGCUUCUGUCUGCUGGACUGGAGAGUCCACACUGUACACUGGAAAUUCUCAGACUGAGUGGCAGUAACCUCUCAGACAGAAGCUGUAAAGUUCUGUCCUCAGUUCUCAGCUCCCAGUCCUCUAGUCUGAGAGAGCUGGACCUGAAUAACAACAACCUGCAGGAUUCAGGACUGAAGCUUCUGUCUGCUGGACUGGAGAGUCCACACUGUACACUGGAAACCCUCAGGCUGUCAGGCUGUCUGAUCACAGAGGAAGGCUGUGCUUCUCUGGCCUCAGCUCUGAGCUCCAACCCCUCCCAUCUGAGAGAGCUGGACCUGAGCUACAAUCAUCCAGGAGACUCAGGAGUGAAGAUACUGUCUGCUGGACUGGAGGAUCCAAACUGGAGACUGGACACUCUCAGGGUGGAGCCUGCUGGAGUCCGAUGGUUGAGACCAGGUCUGAGGAAGUAUUCCUGUGAACUCACAGUCGACACAAACACAGUGAACAGAAACAUCAAACUGUCUGACAACAACAGGAAGGUGAUAGUUGUGAAGGAGGUUCAGCCAUAUCCUGAUCAUCCAGACAGAUUUGACUACUGGCCUCAGCUGCUGUGUAGAAAUGGUCUGACUGGUCGCUGUUACUGGGAGAUUGAGUGGAGAGGACAGGUUUCUAUAUCAGUGAGUUACAGAGGAAUCAACAGGAGAGGAAACAGUAGAGACUGUUUGUUUGGAAGGAAUGAUCAGUCCUGGUGUGUGGAGUGCUCAGAUGGUCGUUACUCUGUCUGGCACAACAAGAAAAGAACAUCCAUCUCCUCCUCCUCCUCCUCCUCCUCCUCCUCCUCCUCUGGUAGAGUAGCAGUGUAUGUGGACUGUCCUGCUGGCACUCUGUCCUUCUACACAGUCUCCUCUGACACACUGAUCCACCUCCACACCUUCAACACCACAUUCACUGAACCUCUUUAUCCUGUGUUCGGGUUUGGGUUCUGGUCUGGUUCCUCAGUGUCUCUGUGUCCUCUGUAGGAGGGAGAGAGAAACUUUCUCACUGCUGACCAGAUAGUUCAGUCUGUACAGGAUCACACACAGCUGAUGUUAGUUAGUACCAACCUGAUGUGUUUACUGUAAUAGAGGAGGAAGAGGAGGAUGAAGGAAGAGAAGAGCAAAGGAUGAUGGGAUGAAGGAAUCAUGUGUGAGGGUAAUGUGCAGCCUGCAGACGUAAAAAAAGACGUAAAAUCUUUUUUAAACCACAGUUAGAGAAAAAAUGUUUUUAUGACUCAAAUAUUAAAGUGUGAUCAUUCAAUUUGAAUCUAAAACUGAACAUUGCUACCUUAAAACUUGUGUGUGAAAGAAAAUGUGUUCAACAAGAGUCUUUCAGGAUCAAAUUCAGCAUCUGUGUAAAAAUAAUUAAAGGUGUAAAGAGUAGCUUUGAUUUUGAACAAUUCAUCAUGUUUGGUCAUCGUGGAACAAAUGUACAGACUUUAAUAAGUCAGGUUGAAAUCAAAAGAAAUGAAAGUUCUGGGAUGAUUCUAGAUAAUAAAUGAUGCUGAAAACCACAUUUAAAUGAUGUCAAAGCAAAACUGUCCAAAUGGAUCCCAACACUGUAUAAACUGAAGGAUUUAUUAAAUCCAGCUUCAUUCUCCACUUUGUAUUGUUCACUUCUACUUCCAUACAUCACUGACUGUGUGCUCGUUUGAGGAAACUCAUAUAAAACAAACAGAAAUCUGAUUUUUACUUUUGAAAAGAGAGACAUAGGAAGUGUAAACCAAACUACUGAUCAAGAACCAACUCAGCUGUUUAUUCAAUGAAAGGCUGUAAAAUUCAGAGAGUUGGUGGAUUUUCAACCAGCACAGAUCAGGUAUAAAGUCAGAAACUAAUGACGAGCUGAAAGAGUUCAAUGGUUGUUUGAAAUUAGAGAAAGUCCAAAUAAUUUGAGAGGAUCUGCAGGUUUAAGGACUGAUGUCAAAAAUCACUUAAGUUAAAGAGGUGAACUUGUGGAGCAGCUGUAGUGAGGAAAUCAAUCAUUCCAUAAAGAAUCAUUUCAUGAACAAAUAUAAAAGUGAUCAAACUGACAUGUAGUCAUUAUUAUAGUAGAGAUGGUGUCACAUAAGUCUGACGUCAAACAGGUCAAAGACUCAAUAAUCUGCAGCUUUUCACUCUGUACAAAAUCAAUCUUUCUCUUCUUCAUUUGUUUUAUCCUUUCAGUUUUUUUGUGUCAUUAUUUGUGUAAAAUUUCAAUUUGAGUUAAUUUUCCUCCCAAAGUGUUUGUGCAGAAAUAUAAACAGGACGUUGAUGUUAGUUUUUGUUUUAGUGAACUGAAGAUUUCUGUCACUUUGUCAUGACGUCAGUGUAUUUUUUACUCAACAUGUUGACUCUGAAUGUUCCCUUUCUUAUCAACAUGUUUUUACUGAUUAUUCCUCUGCUGAAGCUAAUGACUUCUAUAUUAUUCAUUUGAUUUUAUUGUUGGCAAAAACACAUAUUCAUGAAUCUUGCAAUCACAAACAGUCUUUAACUGAACAUUAAAACAAUGUUUCUACUCAGAAAGUUUGUAAAACCUUCAAUUUAUCUACUUUAUUCCGUUUUCUUUAAUAUUCUUGUCCUGAUGUCACUGUGAUGUCACUGUGAUGUCACCAUGGUGUAUACUUUCUGUCUGUUGUUCUUGUUCAAUAAAGUUUUAAAGAAAUAAA